AUGUCAGUCGCAAUGGUGGUUCUUAUCGCCUUUCUGGCUGUUGCGAUAUCCGAGACUGGCGAUAUCAAGCAGGCCUGGAAAUUCUACGAGAGCGAUUGUAGACACGAUAACACGAAGAAUAUGAAUACUCUACUGCAUUUACUCAUCAAUGCGCUCUCGACUGUUGUACUCGCGUCUUCAAACUUCUUCAUGCAGGUUUUGAAUGCACCUUCGAGACGAGAGGUGGAUGCAGUACACGCUCGAGGAAAAUGGCUUGAUAUCGGUAUUCCCUCGUGGAGAAAUGCUUUCUAUCUAUCUCGAUUCAAGCUGGCUGCAUGGAUUAGCUUAUGUUUAACAUCAAUCCCCAUUCAUAUGUUAUUCAACAGCUCAGUAUUUCAGAUGACCAGUCGAUUUGGGGACUUCGGACUCUAUGUCGCCAGCGAGUCUUUCCUAAAGGGGGAGCCAUACAUCUUCCCGGGAGCCAGUUUGUACAUCAAUAAUGGCUUGCAGUUUGAGGACCUCAAAACCGAACGAUCUUCAGCAGUACGAAGCAACAUCUCAACAACAGCAGCUAAGGUCUCCAAAUGGGAGCGGCUGAGCGCAAUCCAAUGUCAAAACAUAUAUCGUCCCAACCUUUGCACUGGCUUGAAAGACUAUCACAACGUCGUAUUGAUAGUUGAUGGCCCGGGCUGGACGCGAGAUGAUCUUUGGAACCUUUCGACGGUCGCUGACCGGCUCUGGGAACCGAUUGUCCCACGAUACGAAUUAAACUCUCUGUUAAUGGAAGAUCAAUGCAACAUGUCAGGAAACACGAGGAGCGGUGUUCCAGGGUGCAAUGUGGACUGUUACCAAUUGUGGAAACGUGAUGGAGGAAGCCGCAGCGCAUCCUGGUCUUGGUUGGGCUUACAACCAGAAAUUCCGUGGUUGAUUCACGUCGAGUCUCCGCAUAUGUCGCUGAACAGAACAUUGUACUCGGCUACCGAAGGAGAGGAUUAUGAAUUUGGAGCCCGAUUCACUUCGUUCGAAGUGUCGUACUGCAUGGCAGAGCCGUCAAUGUCUACUUGCUCAGUAGCCUUGUCAAAGCCCCUCAUGCUUGCUGUAGUAUUGUCAGUGUUGUUGAAAUUGGUUACUUGUGUUGUUGUUGUUUGGGUUAUCGGUCCCCAAGAGCCGCUCGUUACCCCUGGAGACGCUGUCAUGUCGUUUAUCUCCAUCGAGGAUAGAGGAUCAUUCUCCGGAGUUGUGACACAAGAUAUGGUUCGGCGAAGGAAGAGACAAUCCAAUACGAACAGCGACGUAUACACGUUUGAAUCAAUUGAGCCCCGGCAUUGGGCCAAAAGACAACAACUCAGAGCAAUGGCUAUUCCCCGGGGAGUCUGGGUAAGAACCUGUGGCAUAUUGCUGAUCGGAAUAAUUGCAGCAGCAGUCUGUCUCUGGCAACAGCUUUCGAAUGGGACAUCCUUGUAA